AUGGACAAACCUCAAAUUUUAUUGACAGAAAAAUCUCCGUUAAUCCCAGCAAAGCCAUCAGCUUUUGACAGUCUCCGUGCUUAUUCUAGCUCGUUCCGUGAGCUUAUGAAAUCCCCGAAAGACUUAUACUCAUUUAUAGAAAAAAAAUAUCCUAAUUAAUUGGACAUUUAAAAUUUUUUAUAUUUAUUAUAAAUAAAAAUAUGAUACUUAUAUGCUUUUGAAUUAACUGCAUAUUGUGCAGCAACGAUGAUUGUAUUAAGCAUGUCAAUUUACUUCACUGAGGUACUUGAUUUUUAUACAUUAAAAAUGGCUUGGUAAGACAAUCUGCCCUCUUAAUACCUGUAGUUAGUAGGCUCAUUGAGAAAGCUGGGACCUUGUAGAAGGAAGGACAGCGUUUGGAAAUGUGUAUUCGUCAAGAUUCUACUUGGUUUGGCGGAGCGCAAUGUUGGGCUUAGCCAAUCGCAUGCUCACAUCCAGGUCAAGGAUUUAGCCCUUUGGGAAAUGGUUCGUUGGAGUUGGAAAAAGCCAAUCGGUUAAAUUCUUAGCGCGAUACCAGGCCCAUAUCCUGGGUUACUGUUCCAUUUUGAUCAACAGCGCAGCCAAAAAAAAUUCUUCUGGAGGUGAACCCCAUUGGCAUUCAGCAAAGUGAUCCAGCGUCUCUGACUCUCCGGCAGCGAGUGUAAGCAAGCUGUGGGAGCGUUAUGCGGAGUCAAUUAGGGUUUCUCUAUAAGUGAUUUAAGUUUAAGUUUAAAGAGGUCCUAGAUUUCAGCGAUCUAGAUGCUGGAUUUCUAAUUGCCGGCUUCGGAGUGUCAGGCGUUUUUGUAUCUAUAGGACUCGGACAUUACAUUGACCGAUACGGGAUCAAAAAAUCUUUACUUUUGGCAAAUUCCUUCGGAAUUCUCAAUUUUGCUUUGCUAUUUAUAUUUGAAAACCGAUAUGCUCAAGUUUUCAUUAUUUAUACUUUCUGCUCUAUUGCUCUCUCUCUGCAGCUCCCAACGGCAAAAUUGGCUGUCAAAAAAUACACUGUGGAGUCAGUUAGAAGUUUAGGAUACUCAAUUUUUUAUAUGGCGAUUUUUACAGGUGCUGCUUUGAGCGGAGCUACAGUUGAUUUUAUAUUAUCUCUAGGAGAUACCAAUGUGGCGACAUUUAAGUGGGUAUUUGUAGUAGGAUUUUUUGAGUAUGUUAUCGCUGCAAUUAUAGCCCUGAAAUUAAGAGAACUUGAUUACGAGAAUCACGGAGAAGAAGAAAUUGAUCUUUUACACAAAUAAAUAAAAUGGCAUUCGGUUCGAGAGAAAUUAGCUUUGCUAAUUUUCUCUCACUCAUGGAAUUUUAUUUAUGGGGUUAGGUUUUCACUCGCGAACUUCUGGACAGCAAUGGCGGUUUAACUCUGGGGAUAACCAGAGGAACUGCUCCCUCAGUCCUCUCAAGAUUUCGGGCUUUUACCUCUCAGCACAUCUCCACGGGAAGAUGACCCUUAGGCGGAACACGCGCAGGAGCUGAGUCGAGACAAGGGCGACGGUAUCGCGCCAGGUGAGACGUGCAGCAAGGCUGGUGAAGCAGGAGUUGAUAGAAGGCUUGGCCAGGGCUGACCUGUUCCAAGAUGGCUCGCCUACGUCACUAGUUUUGCCAUAGGUCCUUUUUGGGCUGCGGCACUAGACACCUUAAACACCAGAUAAUUAAGUUAAGUUAAGUUUAAGAUCUUUUACACAAAGAAGUAACUGGCUGGGAGCAUACAAAAGAGUCCCUUUCAUUAAAGAGUUUCUGGAGAUUUUUCAUUUUAACGCUACUAUUAGUGAUUGUAAAAGCAGUCUAUAAACAUGUUUUUGUAACUUUGCCGAUUUUUAUGUACAGAGAAAUUGGAGAAGGCGCUCAUUUUGGAUAUAUGUUGGCAGUUCAUAAAGUUUUUAUAUAACUAAUUAUAGUGAAUAUAAGCAUUCCACUGAGAUUGCUUUAUAUUAUUUUCAAAAUAGCAAACAGGAGGACUAUCUUUAUGGUUGCUUUUAUUUAUUUUAAUUAGGGAUAUGAUUAUAGCAAUCCCUUUAUUUACCAUGCUUAUAUAUUAUUUCAACUUUUAUACCUUAUUGGCGAUUGGGAGCUUGUUUUCUGCAAUAGCUUUUAUCCCUCUUAUGAUAGCGGCAAGCUAUGGAAGUGUUUUGUUUUUCAUUUUCCUUGUCUCAUUAGGAGAAGCAAUAUACGCCCCAAGGCUUAUUGAUUAUACGUUGCAAGUAGCGCCAAAAGGAAGAGAAGGGGUUUUCUUAGCUGUUGCAGCCUCCCCGUUAAUUUUAAGUGUUAUUGUAGCUGGCCUUGUAGCAGGGAUUCUGCUUGAUAGCUAUUGUCCUGAUGAUGGAGAAAGAGAAUGCUGGAAAAUGUGGGCUUGGAUCUCUGGGAUGACUGCACUUAUGCCAAUCUUAAUGAUCGUGUUUAGAAAAUAUCUAGAGCAGCCAGAGCAUGAAGAUAACCCUUAUAUGCCAUGUGCAAAAAAAUCAAAGGAAAAUUAA